AUGUCAUAUCGACCAUCUUCUAAAGAGAAAAAAGAAUUUCGUUCUUUCGUAUUAUAUUUAAAAAAAAUACAUUCAUCAUGGAAAGUGAAAGAUAUAACAACAUUUCUUCUUCAAUCUGAAAAUCCACCUUGUGAUACAACAACAAAUCCUUUAAGGAUCAAAGUUUGGAGAAUAUUGAAGCGAAACCAAGUAAAUGAUUUACCAAGAUCAGGUGCACCCAGUACAACAACAACAAUCAAAUAUAUUCAAACUCUUCAAAAACAAGGUUAUAAAGCAUCAAAAAGUUCAGUAUGGAGAGUAAAAAAUUUAUUAAAAUUAAAAUGGUGGGAACGAAAAACAGUUCAAAAAUUAACUACCAAUCAAAAAAUUCAACGAGUUAUUAUUGCGAAACGAUUACGGAAGAAAUAUGGUAUUAAGAAAGGAAAUAAACUUUAUGAAUGGAUUCAUGUGCUGAAUACUGAUUUUAGUGGUACAUUCACAUUAACUCCUCAAUACAAUCAACACAAUCAGAGCUGGCGAAGUACGCACUUUCUCGAGUAUCAACCCCCAGAGUACGAGUAUCAGUACGAGUACUAACCCUUCGAGUACGAGUACAAAUUUUCUUAGUACAGUAUUAAAUAAAAAGUAAAGUGUAAAGUCCUUUUUCUAUGUACAACUAGGGAUGGGCGGUGUGAGAAAACUGAAUAGCGACUGAUACCCACAGUGAUACUCACUGAACACCCAUAAGUCCACUGACACUGAUUACCAAAAGAAUUGAAAGCACUGACACCCAGUCACUGGAACACUGAUGACCACUGCGUCACUGAUCACUGACGAAUGGUUCUCAGUGACUUCACUGAAAUGCAGAUAGUUUUUUUAAUUAUAUGUACUUAGUUUUCUAUAACUUUUGUGAAGAACGAUCUGAAAGGAGUGUUGACUUGCAUAGGAUAGAAAUUUUAGAACCACUUCUUCCUCCCGCAGACUGUGACAGAGAAUCGUGAGAGAGCAUCACAGACCUUGACAGAAGACCUCCGAACCCAUCACAGAUCGUGUCAGAGUAAUUCCAGAUCCAUCGCAGAUCGUACCGGAGAACCUCCAGUUCCAUCAUAAACAGUAACAGAGAUCCCUAGAAACCGACACAGAUUCUGACGAAGAACUCCAGAGAUCAUCAAAAAUCGUGAUAUUGAACCCCUAGAAACUAUCACAGACCGUGACAGAGAACCCCAAAGACCAGUACAGACCGUGAUAGAGAACCCCGGAGACCAGCACAGACCGCGAGAGAGAACCCCAGAGGCCAUCAAAGACCGCUGCAGAGAAACUGUACUUGAGAAUGGGUGCCGGUGUAGGUCUGUGUAUGAAUACUAUUUUCAAAAACCUACACUCAAAGCCACACCCAUCCUUUUUCUUAUUUCAUCCUUCGGUUUUAUUUUAUUUAUCUAGAUAUUUGAAAGAUGCAUUUACUUUUUUUCCGCAAACUUGUCUUUCUACAAUAUUCAUUUAUUUGUUUUUUUUCUCAAAGAGUUUUUAUAACUUAUCUAUCUACUUCUUCGACGAAGAUGCAUUAUUGUUCUUCACCUUUUUAAAAAUAUAAUCAUUGAUUGUCUUCAAAACAAAUAAUUAUUAGAUGCGGUACAAUGUGAGAGUGUAACAACAUAAUGUAUUUCACAUUUAUUAAAAUGAUGAAAAAUACAUCUAUUAUAGUAAUUCAUGAAUUUUCGACUUUAUUUAAAAGUCAUCAUCAGAUGAACUAUUGAUACCACCAUCAACUGAAGAAACAUAAUCAUUUGUACAUUUUUUAGCAUUAACGAUUUGUACACCUAUAGCCAUUAACAGAAACAGAACAA